AUGUCAGAAAAUGUCUCCUUGAACAACAAUAAAGGCAUUCGUGUCGUGACUGUGCUUCUUGGAUUGGUCUUGUUGGGUCUACUUUUGAACCCUCUCUUGGGAGUGUCCUGGAUUUGUAGGAACCGAGGAACAACCGGUGCUCACCCUUCCGAGUUUUCACGACGACAUGACAAAAAUGAAGCUUUAUCAGAGUCAUAUUCAUCAACAGCAACAGUUCAAACGCCACCUUUGUUGUCAACAAAUGAUACCCCAGGAGAUCAAGUACCAGUGUUAUCUGAACCAAAGAUACCGCAUCGAUUUGUUUUCAACUCCUACAAAGAUUUUUGGAAUGUCGACGUCAAUGACCUGGAGAAGGAGGAGCAUCGCGCCAUUCACCGCCUCUUGAGGAGAACUGUGGUCAUGUUUAAAAAAGUGUGGCGCGAAAAAGGCUAUACAAACACGUCAAUGGAGGAAGCCAUCGAAAUCGAUUUCAUGAAUGAGUCAUUGGACGGUGUCGAGGUAGUUUUUCUGACGGACAAGGACUGCGAAGAGCUGAUCAAGUCUAUGGAACCAAAAAUGACGGAAGCAUUUCUAAACGAGCGAAACGGGAAGCACAGAUCGGACAUUUGCCGCGUCUUUAGUCUGUACGAGAAGGGUGGAUACUACCUUGACACAGAUCUAUUGGUCCACGAAGCUCCAUAUCUCAUGCCGCAUGUUACCUUUGCAUCCGUCAUCGAACCAAAAUUCCAGGACAAGUUCCUUCAGGCAUUCAUAGCCGUUGCUCCAAAACACCCUAUCAUUAUCGAGGCCAUCAAUGUCAUGAUGGAACAUUACGUGACAAAAAAGGGCGAAGUUACUGGGGAAAGCAUGGGAUACAACUCGAACAAGAACAUGGGCACUUGGACGUUGCGGGAAGCGCACAAACGCGUCAUGAGACGUCUACCGAAUAUGGCCAACGAGAUGGUCUUACUCCAAGAACUCCCGAUUGACGACUAUCCAAACUGGUUUCCAGAGGUUCCGCGACCCCACAAAACAAAAAUGAAAAUGAUGAGGUUCGUCACUGUCAACCUUGCGGCACACAAACUUCACUUUUGGUCCAAGGGCUAUAGGAAUAGAUUCCUUAAGGAGAUAUAUCAUCUUGACGAUCUUGCUGGCUUUGUUCCACGAAACACAACGACAGCAGCUUAG